AUGCUCCUCCUGAUAUCUCCCCUCACAGCACUCACAUACCUCUCCAUUUCCCUAGCAAUCUACCUCACCCUCUCCUCCAUCCGCCGCUCCCGCCGCCUCGCCCGCGCCGGCUGCCUCCCCAUCCCCACCUUCAGAAGCAAAUACCCCCUCGGCAUCGACACCAUCAUCGACUCCACGUCCGCCAUCCGCGAGGGGCGAGCGCCGGAGUACCUCCGCAGCCUCCUCCUCUCCAACGGCUCCCUCACCUGCACCUACCGCAUCGGACUCAACACGGGCGUCUUCACCGCCGACGAGGCCGUCGUGCAGGCCGUCCUCACGCGGCAGUUCGCCGACUUCGAGGUCGGCGACGAGCGGACCGUCGCGCUGGGCCCGCUGCUCGGGUCGGGCAUCUUCAUCCAGGACGGCGAGCCGUGGAGGCGGUCGCGGGGGAUGUUGAGGCCCGCGUUUACGAGGGCGCAGAUCAGCAGGUUGGACGUGGACGAGAGGCACGUGCGGAGGAUGAUGGAGGAGGUUUGCGAGGGCGGGGAUGGGAGCGGCUGGACUGGGAGGGUUGAUCUGUUGCCCAUGUUUUACCGGAUGACGAUGGAUUUUUCUGUGGAGUUUCUUUUUGGGUUGGGGGAUGCGCGGUCGAGGAAGUUGGGGGGCCCGGCGAGGCCGACGGACGCGGAGUUUGCGGAGGCGUUUGAUAGGGCGAUGGAGGGCGCCGAGAUGCGGUAUGAGUUUCUCGAUCUGGGGAAGUACGUGUGGCCGAGGGGAUUCGCGAAGGCUUGCGAGCUGUGCCAUCUGUUCGUGGAUAACUGCAUCGCCGACGCUUUUGAGAGGCUCAGGAGCGAGAAGGCGUCGUCGGACUCUGGGGAUGCCGAGUACGACUUCUUCAGGGACCUCGCGGCCGAGUGUUCGGAUCCGCUGGAUCUUCGGUUCCAACUGCUUUCUAUCCUGUUUGCCGGGCGAGACACGACGGCGGCUUUAUUGGGGUGGAUCUUCUUUGCACUUGCGCGGGAUCCCGAUUGUUACCGGAAGCUUCGGGGGAUUGUGAUUGAUCAGUUCGGAUCUUAUGAGACGCCGGCGAACAUCAGUUUUGAGACGCUCAAGUCUUGCAAGUAUCUUCAGUAUGUCGUCAACGAGACGCUGCGGCUCUACCCCGUGGUGCCGUUCAAUGCCAAGAGGGCAGUGAGGGACACGACUCUGCCUCGUGGAGGCGGACCGGAUGGGAAGGCCAAGGCUUUCGUGCCGAAGGGGACGACUAUCAACUUUUCUGUUUACAUCAUGCAUCGGAGGAAGGAUAUCUGGGGCCAAGACGCUGAAGAGUUUAAGCCUGAACGAUGGGAAGGAAAGUUGACAGGCUGGGAAUAUCUGCCGUUCAAUGGAGGGCCCCGUAUCUGUAUCGGGCAGCAACUUGCCUUGACUAGGGCCGGCCAGGAAUUCUGGUUGGCCAAGCCUCUGGUCUACACUCCGGAGGGCAGCCCCGAACUCGUCAUCACGGCAUCUGAGAUGAACAUUAUCCGUAUCUUCGACAGCAAGACGGGCAACAUCUUGAAGCAGAGGACCCUCCAGGCGCCCUUUUCCGCUGCCGACAGCAACUGUGGAGAUAUCCCCAACUGGAUCGGCGUCACGGGCACACCCAUCAUCGACCCGGCCACGGACAUCAUGUACGUCUUCUCCAAGGGCUACCGAGACGGAACCACUUCAGGCACCGCCAACGGCGUCUACAAGAUGUACGCGAUCCGCAUUCCCACCCUCGAAGACGUCGACAAGUUCCCCGUUUUGAUCGACGGCAUCAACGCCGACAAUGACCCCGCCAAGUACUUCGUCGGAGGUGUGGCCCUGCAACGGCCAUCUCUGGCCGAACUCAAUGGCCACAUCGUCGCCGCCUUUGGCUCUCACUGUGGUCGCUGGAACUACACGGGUUACCUCGUCUCAGUCAGCAAGACUCCUGGUGUCGGCCCCGUCAGCAUGUGGGCCACGGAAGCCGCUCCCGGCGCCCCCAAGCCGCAACCUCUCGCUCUCGAUGAUGAGACUGGCGGCAAAGCCGGUAUCUGGCAGAGUGGUAUGGGACUUCCCGUUAUUGGCAACAACAUCUACUUCGUCUCCGGCAACGGCCAGGGCCACGCCAACGGCAACGUUCCCGCCAGCGGCAGAGUUCCAAUGUCAACUCUCGACGAGUGCACCGUCAGGAUGGAGCUGUCACCAGCUGGAAAGCUCAGCCUGAUCGAUUACUUCCAGCCGUACGACUAUGUUGGCUUGGAUGCCGGUGACCGCGACGUUGGAUCUUCGGGUCUCUGCGUCCUGGAUCCCGCCAUUUUCAAAGGCACGGGAGUCAACCGGAUGUGCGUCACUGCGGGCAAGAAGGGUCGAGUCUACGUCAUGAAUGCUGACAACCUGGGCGGAUUUCGCCAGGCGGCCGAUGGCGGCGACGGUAUUCUUCAGACCAUCGAACUUGGCUUCUCGCUCUACGGUGGAUUCGGCAGCUACCCUGGCGAAGGUGGCUACAUCUACGCUACCACCGUCGGCGGUCCCUUGGUCGCUUACAAGCUCGGCUUCGACGCGAAGGGUGCGCCUCAGUUUACCCUCGCUGGCAAGUCGACCUUUGUCGGUGCUGGUCGAGUUGGCGUCGGACAGAUGACCAUUACUUCGGAUAACGGGGAGCCUGGUACCGGCAUCGUCUGGGUCGCCGAUGUCAACGCUGGCCUGCAAGCUUUCCGCGCCGUUCCUCAAGACGGUGUCAUGGUUCCCAUCCCGCUUCCGUCCACACAGGGUAGCAACAAGUUCCAGCGCCCUGUUUUCGGCAACGGCCGCGUAUUCAUGAACGUCAACAACAACAAGCUUGUGGCCCUGGGCUCUCCGGUCAACCAGGCUGUCAACUGCACCGGGCCGGUGGACUUCGGCUCCGUUGAAGCUGGCACGACGGCAAGCGUCAUCGUCAACUGCAAGGCGAACGUCGCUCUCGCCCAAGUCAAUGGCUGCACGACGGCGGACCCAUCCUUCAAGUGCUUCAACUCCACUCUUCCUCAGGGCGCUGUUGCUGCAGGCACCUCAUUCCCCGUCAACGUUACCUGGGAUCUCUCAGACCCCUCUCUCCGGAUCGUUCCCGGACUGCUCUCCAGUGCGUUGACGAUCUCAGUCAGCCCCCCCGCCGAAUACGCCCCGAGUGUCCUGGUGUCGCUGCAGGGAACUGUCGUCAAACAAGGCGCCUUCUUGACGGCCACCCCUUCCGAUGUUGCUUUCGGAAGAUUGGUUCUCCGGGAUACUCCCGACGGUUUGACUGGCUCCGCCCUGAUCCAGAAUGUGGGCAACGGCACUUUGACCUUCACGGGCUUCGCAUGGCAAACAAACAGUAGCGAUUACGCCAACUUCACCAGUGACGGCAGCCUUGGUUCUGGCUUUUCUUCCUCGAACUUCCCAACCGUUGGCUCCACUCUCGGGGCCGGCAAGAGUUUGACCGUUGCGUUGCGCUUCUUGAGGCAAACUCCAGGCUCCUACAUCUCGAAGAUCACCAUUUGGUCCAAUGGCGGGACGGCAGUCCUCACUCUGAGCGCUUCCGUCAACGAGGCUCCCGUGGUCAGUUUCGAGCUGGCCAAUGGGGCAGGCGGCUGGGACGUAUUGUCGAACUAUUCGGUCGCCUUUGGCAAUGUUCUUGCUGGCGCCUUGGUCGACAAGCAAAUCCGAGUCUGCAACAAGGGCGGCGGUCCUUUGACGAUCACCAUUUCCAAGCCUCCUUCCGGUUCUCAGCUCUUUGCGUUGAACCCCAACAGCGAGCUCACUGAAGGUACACAGGUCGUCGGUGGUAGCUGCGCUAUUGGAAGCGUCGGCAUCCACGCAGCACCCGUUCAACCGAAUCAUCCGGCACAGGCCCUGCGGGCUUCGUGGACCCUCAGUACCGAUGGUCUCAACUCCACAACCGGCCAAAACUCAGGCCGUCACGACAUCUUCUUCGAGGGAACGGUUGUGAGCAAACAGGUCGGACCUCUCCUGACCAACGGAACCGCGCGUUACCAGUGGGUGGGAUGCUUCAGGGACACCACCAACUUGGGCCGCAACUUGCAGGUAUCAGUCAACACAGCUGCGCAACAGAAGACGAACACCCUGCAGCAGUGCCAGGGCAUUUGCAACGACAGAGGCUACAUCCUAUCCGGUGUGCAGUAUCACCAGGAGUGUUGGUGCGGUGGAAGCAUCAAGAACCCUUCCACAUACGAGGACGAAUCUCUCAACCUUUGCACUUUCGACUGCACAGGUGACGACACUCAGGCUUGCGGUGGCGACAAUGGACACAUGAGUCUGUACGCCGACAUCAGUGCCUUCGACAUUGCUGGAUUCUAUCAAUCACUCAAGAACCCCAGCUCCAGCUCGGCUCUGCCAUCAUCGACAAGAGCCCCCAGUGGGGUUUCGUCUUCAAGCAGUAUCCCUCCGGUAUCCUCCGCCGCAUCAUCUUCAUCCGCCGUCAGCUCCGCGGUAUCUUCGAGCAACACCAUCGGCAGCUCAGUAUCGCCCUCCUCUACUGCUCAGUCUAGUGUGCUCUCUUCGAGCUCGUCACGCGCAUCGGGUGUAUCCAGCAGUGUUGCAUCAAGUUCAAGCAUCAUCUCCACGACCACCACCUCGUCCACCGUCGUCAAGUCUUCUACAUCAAGCAGUGCUUCGCCGACGGCAACUUUUGUCACAUCCCCACUCAACCCUCUCAUGCCUGCAAUCGUCGGCGGCCAGUGGCAGUAUGCUGGAUGUUUCAAGGAUCUCGUCGACAACCAGAGAUUGUUCACCGGAGCCUCCUCUGCCUCAGAUGACAUGAGCCUGGACAAGUGUGCCGCGUUCUGUAGCACAGGUGCCCCAGGAGGUGGAGCUUUCAACUACUUUGGUGUCGAGUAUGGUCGCGAAUGCUACUGUGGUUGGGACGUGCAGGCGUCCAAGAUGUCAACACCUGAGGCAGAGUGCUCUUCGCCUUGUGCUGGUUCCUCAGUCGGGCGCUGCGGAGCUGGUUUCCGUCUCUCGGUAUACAACAACACCAUCCCUAACCAAGCACCCCAAGCACCGCAGCACGUUGACAGAGCUGGCGACUACCAAUUCCUCGGUUGCCAGACAGAGGGCGUCAAUGGCCGUGCCUUGACUGGCGCCUUCUUUGGUUCAGAGGAUAUGACCACCAAAGCGUGUGCGGCCUUCUGUGUCAAGGGCAAGUGGCAGUACAUGGGAAUCGAAUAUGCCCGUGAAUGCUACUGCGGCAGUGUUAACAACGCCGGAUCGGUGCCAGCUCCUCUCAAAGAGUGCGACAUGCAGUGCAGGGGCAACCAGUCUGAGUUCUGCGGUGGAGGCAACCGACUCGACUUCUUCAAGUUUUCCCCUCUCGGUGGAGUCUCCUCGUCUGCUAGCUUGUCUGGCACAGGUGCAAGUUCGACCGCGGCCUCCUCUGCCACAUCAUCGACUGCCAACGCAGCUUCUUCGCGUCCAUCUGUCGCCAGCUCUAGCUCUUCAAGCUCAUCUGCCGUCGUCACAAGUUCGUCUCGCUCGUCUAUCGCCAUUGCCAGCUCUUCAAACUCACCUGUGGUCACUUCCAGCUCGUCCCUGAGCAGCUCGAAGCCAUCAUCAACAGCGCCCUCUAGCAGUAUUGUGCCAUCUGUUCCGGCCUCCACGACCGGGAGCGCCUCCCUUUCGACGAAACUGAGCACAUCCUCAGCUGCCUCGGCCACCCCCACGAACGGUUACUACUAUGUCGGCUGCUACCGAGACAGACCGAACGGCCAUGCUCUUCCACUUUUGUUCGCCAACCAGAGUGUCACGCCUGAGCUCUGUAUCGACUACGCCAACUCUAUGUACAGCAAAGCCCCUACACCGACGACUAAGCUGCCGUAUCUCUUCUUGGAGUAUCACCACGAGUGCUACGGUGGCUCAACCCUCGACUUCCAAGGGGCCGCCGUCACAGCUCUUGUCGGGACUAAGGCCUGCAAGAACUACUGUUACGGCAGUGUCAGCACGUUCACGACUGAUGGAACCGUCACAACCACCACCAACACGGCCAAUUACUGUGGGGGCGCGAAGAUGUUCGACUUGUAUGCUCUCUCGACCCCGGUCGCAUUCCCGACGACCGGCGGACCCGUGGUCACUGAGACUGCGUGA